AAGAGAAAUGAGCCACGUGCACUCAUAAAGUCUCCAACAAAUUUUCCAUCGCACCACCACGCAUGGCUGAAACCUCUCCCACUUGUUCCGUUGGCCGUCACGGCAUAAUUUAAUUAAUUCACCGCAAAUUCUUUCAGUAACCACCUUGUCGCGUGCUAUCAAUGUCUGAAGACGCCCACGCCCUAAAAUCAUCGGAAACCGAAACUCACUGUCAUGGCAUUCGCACUUGUUAUAUCACCUCCCUCUUUGUUAACAGUCUCCCAACAAAAAUCUCACUUUCAUAAUUAUCCCAAAUUCCUCACGUUUGGAACCCUAAAUCCUCUCCAAGCUUCUAGAAGAACCUCUAAUUUCCCUCAGGGAAAUGAGAGUCUCGUGGAUGAUCCGCGCAAUUGGGGCCGUAGGAUCAGUCAGCAGUUUAACGAAGAUUAUGAUGACGACGAUGAUGAUGAAGAGGAAGAAGAGGAGGAAGAUAGGAGUUUGGAUCUGUUAGUUAGAUUUGUUGAGAAUAUGUUCAAGAAGAUUUCUAGAAGAGCUAGAAAGGCAGUACGCUCCGUUUUGCCAGUCUCGAUCUCGACCAAUCUGGUUGGGUUUUCUGUUAAUGGAGUUCUGAUUCUCGCGUUCCUGUGGGUUUUGAAGGCAUUUCUUGAGAGUCAUUAUCACGUCUCCUAAUUUCAAUCGUACGGCGUGGAUAGUGACACCAACAUUACAGUGUUCGUCCGAGGCUAGCAGAGAGCUAGCCCAUAGCUAGCGCGUGUGGACGCGGGGACUACGAAGUGUAGUGGUAUGUUAAGAUCCCAAGUGUAAGGUAUGAAACUUGAAUCUCACAUUAAAAAGUAUGAGCAAUUAAUAUGGGAUUUAUACGGCUUUGGAAUCUCUCAUCUCAAUAACUAGCUUUUAAGGUGUGGUUCUUCCAAGGUUUGUAUCACAAAUCGAUAUACCGCAUUUAUUUGGAAUUAUGGAAGCAAAACUGCCUUUGGAAGUUUCAAAAAGCUUUUCCUUCUUAGAUGUUUCUGGUCCGAAUUCUAACUAUUUUUCUGUUCACAACUAGUAAAAGUAUUCUUCUCUUCUGAACCCUCUAAAACCUUGUCAUCUAAUUUGUUAUGGUUUUCAUUAUAAUGUGUCUCCUAAUUGUCAUUGAUGUUAAUUCAGCUGAUUAGUUUUCUUCCAAAAAUAUAACAAAGCUUCUUUUCAUAAAGAGCUUUUCUUCCUUACUGGUGGAGAAGGUUAUUCUCAGUUAUAUAUGUACUUGUAAUGUCUCUAAUUCAUAGAGAUCUGUUGCUUGAUAUCUUUACCAACUGAUUGAAAAAUCCCAAUGAGUGGUUUUGAUCCCCUUGAACAAAAACUAUUUUCUUUUAUCUGACCUUGCUUUUCAUGGU